AAAGAAUUAUAGUCUGUGGUGUAGUAUGGUGGUGCGGCCAUGUUGUUUUUUUGCAUUUUGUAAUUCACGGAUCUGAUAAAUAAACCAUCCUAAAUUAAUUAAAAUACCAGGAAUAUUUUCGCUUCGCUGAUAUGAUUUUGUAUAACACAUACUAAUAUCUUAAAAUUUGAUUCUUGCUUGUGGAGAUUUUGGUAAGCAGUUUGCUGUUGCCAAUUUAGCAUUGCGUGUUCUCUUGACACGGUUUAAGAAUUGUUUAGAAAGUUGCGCUUAACAUAAAUUCAAUAAACGAAGGCAGGAAAAUGACUUCAUCGGAAGUAUCCUAUACUAAUCGCAAAAUAAUAUCCGAAGAUUUGUCAAACGUCGAAUUUGAUACUAGCGAAGAUGUUGAAGUCAUUCCAACGUUCGACUCCAUGGGCCUCCGCGACGAGUUACUGCGAGGAAUUUAUACUUACGGCUUUGAAAAGCCAUCAGCUAUCCAGCAAAGAAGUAUACAGCCAAUAGUCAAAGGCAGAGAUGUCAUUGCUCAAGCACAAUCUGGUACUGGUAAAACAGCUACAUUUUCAAUAUCCAUCUUGCAAUCACUGGACACAACUCUUCGUGAAACGCAAGUGCUGAUUCUUUCCCCUACUCGAGAAUUGGCUACACAAAUUCAAAAAGUCAUUCUUGCUUUGGGAGACUUCAUGAAUGUUCAGUGUCACGCUUGCAUUGGAGGUACAAACCUUGGAGAGGAUAUUAGAAAGUUGGACUAUGGUCAGCAUGUUGUAUCAGGGACCCCUGGUCGAGUUUUUGACAUGAUAAGGAGGCGUGUGCUUCGCACCAGGUCCAUCAAGAUGUUAGUACUUGAUGAGGCAGAUGAGAUGUUGAACAAGGGAUUCAAAGAGCAGAUCUAUGAUGUCUACAGAUACUUGCCGCCAGCCACUCAAGUUGUUCUUAUAUCUGCUACUUUGCCACAUGAAAUACUUGAAAUGACUUCAAAGUUUAUGACUGAUCCUAUUAGGAUUUUGGUAAAACGUGAUGAGUUGACACUAGAAGGCAUAAAGCAGUUCUUUGUUGCCGUGGAGCGUGAAGAAUGGAAGUUUGAUACACUGUGUGACUUGUAUGACACCCUCACAAUCACACAAGCGGUGAUCUUCUGCAAUACCAAGAGAAAGGUAGACUGGCUGACACAAAAAAUGCAAGAGGCAAACUUCACAGUGAGCUCAAUGCAUGGGGAUAUGCCACAGAAAGAAAGAGACAACAUCAUGAAAGAGUUUAGAUCAGGACAAAGUCGAGUUCUCAUCACAACAGAUGUAUGGGCAAGAGGUAUUGAUGUACAGCAAGUGUCCCUAGUCAUCAACUAUGACUUGCCCAACAAUCGUGAAUUGUAUAUUCACAGGAUUGGUCGCUCGGGUCGUUUUGGCCGCAAGGGUGUUGCCAUUAACUUUGUCAAAUCAGAUGACAUCAGGAUUUUGAGAGAUAUUGAACAGUACUACUCAACACAAAUUGACGAAAUGCCUAUGAAUGUAGCAGAUUUAAUAUAAUGGAUAAGAUUACCUUCAUUAUUUUAUUUACUACAAAAUAAAACUUGCACAGAUAAAAAUGUGAGAAUUAUUAAAAUAUUUGAUAAGAUCCCUUCUAUAUCUGCAGAAAGAAUCAAUAAUAUAAAUUAUUACUUACAAUUUUCAAAACAGUGGUUAUAUAAUUUUUUUUCCUGUACUCUUGUGUUAAAGCAGUCAGUAAAGUUGUAGUAUCUGCAGCAAGUGUUAUACUAAUAGCAUUAACAACUGAGUCUUAGGGCCAUAAAUCAUUUCUCUAUAUCUAUCUCGCUUGCACUUAUGGGUCUUAUGGAGCCGUCUAGUGAAGGGUGUAACAAUGAAAGACAUAUUAUCGAUAAGUAAAGUUUAUUAUCGUAUCUUGUUCACAAAAUUAAAAAAAUUAACAAUAUUUGAUUUAAUAUAAUACAUAUUUCAUAUUAUAUAAUUAUUAACUAAAUAAAAUUAAUCUUCAUCUGAGUCUUCAUCAUCAGAAUCUUCGUCUUCUGCCAAAUUUAUUAUAUAUUAGUAUCCAUAGUGCGCAACGAGUAACACAUGAAUGUAUUUAUUUAAUUGCAGUAAACACAUUUAUAGCAAAAAAAAUACGCAAUGCAAUUACAUUAGAAACCGACCAAUCAGAAUCGUCCAAAUCAUUAUUGACUCAUCAUUAGCACGUGCGCAGGUAGCCGUUUAUCGAUAAUUAGGGUGCGCAGGUAGCCGUUUAUCGAUAAUUAGGGUGCGCAGGUAGGCGCGCUGCACAUUCCUAUCUUUUUUGACUUUUAUGACCGGACGACUCAGAUGAUAAUGCGCAUACUAUAGUACUAUGGAUGUAAUAUUUAGAUAUUGAUAUGCCUAGAUCAUGCCAGUGCUCACCAAUGUUUAUAUCAACAUUAUAUAUAAAACUUAUCCAUUCUUAGUUCAUACUUCUGAUCACAGAUAACACACUUAUACCUUCUGAUUGAAAUUUGAAAAAAUUACAUGGGAUUAAAGCUAAAGCACAUUUUGAAGAGGUGAAGUUCACUUCACGUUCACUGUCAAUAGCAUAGAAGUUAAUAAAGUUACGUUAAGUGGACUACUUGAUAUUUCAUUUUUUUUUAAAUAAAUUUAAACAUAAUGAAA